AUGAUGUUGUAAAUCUAGCCUUAAUUAAGUCCAUUGAAAAGGUUAAAAAUGAAGGCAAAAAAUUGUUGUGUUGUGGGUUUGAUGUUUCUUGGACACAUGUCAGGAAUGUUUAUCAGGCUAGUGGUGAGCUAAUCUUUGAUGGGUUUGUGGAAGGAAUGAGUCAUAAGCCAGUUAUUGCAUACUCAAUUUGUGAAAAACCUUGUAUUGCAACUAAAGAUGGUGAAAAAGUUGUUGCCCAUGAAGGUAAUUUUGAAAAAAGUUCUAAACAAAUGGAACAUCAAAUAUUAAUUGAUAUUUUGUAUAAGAUUACACCUAUUUUAGUAGAAAAUGAUGUUUUGCUUGAAGUUGCUGUAGAUGGAGACCUUGAUAGUAAUAAAACACUUGCUUCCUAUGGAAUUGUAAAUCAAAUUUAUGCUGACUUAAAGCAUAAAACAAAAACUAUUAGAAAUCAUAUAAAAAAUCAACAAAAUAAGAGGUGGAAAGAUUUUGAACAG